CCUUGCAAGCAAACUAGCCAUCAUGCAACCACAGAGGAAGGAGGCAAAAUGCAAAUUGAUUGUUGUUGCAAAUAAUGUCUGUGCAUAAUUGUGCGUCAUUACUGUUACCUAGGCUGUUUCUCGGAGUCAACAGCUAAGGCAGGGCCUCCGCAUUACCAACGACAGUUUAAAACAGUAGUAUCCAAGGCAGGGAACUUGGGCAACUGUUCCGCAAUGGAGAACUAUACGAAAGGAGAAUCGACCGAAGAAAGCGUUGGCCCGCCGCCUUUUAAAGAUCUUCGAGACGAUUUUGUCCACAUGAAAGUUCAGCCCAACAGCAAGCUCAGAAACCUGCUAGAGUAUGCUAAGAAAACGUUCCAGGACGAAGAAAAAAGGCAAAUGGUGUUCACUGGCUCUGGCCACGCUCUAGCAAAAACCAUCACGUGCGUUGAGAUAAUGAAGCGAAAGCACAAGGAGGUCCAUCAAGUGAACAAGGUCCUGUACAAAAAAGUUGAAGACUGCUGGGAACCCAAGUCACCAGAAUUCGACAGGUUGAAAAUUGUCAGAGAAAUACCUACCAUUCACAUACUGCUGAGUAAGGACCCAGUUGAUGUGACGCAGCUAGGGUACCAGGCACCCGGCUGCACUGAUGGCAGCUGGUCUACAGAACAGAAGCCAUCCAAGGCCAGGAAGAAGCAGUUUCCAAAGAAGGCACCUCGCAGGCAGAAGGCACAGCAGGCUGCCACACAAUAAUUGUACACCGGAGAAUGCACUUGUAAAUAAAGAAACUAUGAUACUAUUUAUACAA